CUCAGCACCGCCCCCGCCGCGCGCACCGGGACUGCGGGCUGAUCGCGGCCACCUGCUCCCCGCGCGGCGCGCCGGGAGUUGUAGUUGCCCCGGGAGCUGCGUGCGGGGCCGGGGCGAGCAGGACGGCUCCCGCCGCGUGCCGCUAUGAAGAGGAGAGCGGGGGAGCGGGAGAAAGAGCUGAAGAAAAAAAAGCUUCUUGAAGAACUUGGAGAGAACAGACUUCCAUAUAUGACACCAGAGGAUGCUGAUUUCCAUCAGUUGUGGAAGACCAAAUAUUCCAAACUGAUUUUCAGAAAAUCUGAUACAGUACCUGAAGAGCUCCAUCAAAUGGUACAAGAAGCCUUCCUGACCUUGCGAAAACAUGAAUGUUUCUUUCAAGACCUUGUAAGGAUCAAAGGAAAAGAUUUUCUUACCCCAGUGUCUCGUAUAUUAAUUGGAAACCCGGGAUGCACUUACAAGUAUUUGAACACAAGAUUAUUUACAGUUCCUUGGCCUACUGAAGGUUAUGAUAUAAAAUACUGCAGUCCUCAAAUACAGGAUGCUUGUAAAGCAUUAAUCAGACUUAAUGACUACUUGCAUAUUGAAGCAGUCAAGGCAUUAGAAGGACAAAAUUUCUUUGAGACCAAGGAAAUUAAAGAUACUACUGUAAUAGAUAGGGAGCAAAAUUUUACUACUUCUCUUACAGAGAAAGGAUCUAUUUCAAAAGAUCAAAGCAGUUGUUGUGUACGAGAGGAUGACUAUGUGAGUCUCAGGAACAGAACAUCUUAUAACGUGACUUUAUUGAAUUAUAUGGAUCCACUCCAAAUGCUGUACUUGAAACAAGAACCUUAUUUUGGAAUGGGGAACAUGGCUGUGAGCUGGCACCACGACGAGAAUCUGGUGGAGCGGUCGACGGUGGCUGUGUACAGUUACAGCUGUGAAGGUUCAGCCGUGGAAGAAAGUGAUGAACCAAAACCUGAGGGAAGAGACCCAGCUGUUUGGCACGUGGGCUUGAAGGUAGCAUGGGACAUAGAGACACCUGGAUUAGCAAUACCACUCCACCAAGGAGACUUCUACUUGAUGCUUGAUGAUCUCAAUAUGACACAUCAGCACUGCGUUCUGGCUGGUUUUUCACCUCGGUUCAGCUCAACUCACAGAGUGGCAGAUUGUUCAAGAGGAACAUUGGAAUACAUAUUUGGACGAUGUGAACUGGCACUCCAGAAUUUGCAGACUGAUUCUGAUUCAAUGGCUUUAUCUUUGAAAUCACUGGAAGCUGCAGUUGUAAAACAAGUAGAAGAAAUACAUAAUGAGGUUGAAUUUGAGUGGCUUAGGCAGUUUUGGUUUCAAGGCAAGCGGUAUUUGAAGUGCACUGAUUGGUGGCUUAAGCCUAUGGCUAAAUUGGAAGAAUUUUGGAAAAAAAUGGAGAUUAUGGGAAAGCAAAAUCAGUGUGACGGGGCUACUGUAGAUGGGAUAAAAUCAUGUGCUGUUUCCACCGUUUUUCCGCAGAACCUUGGAUGAACAUAUACUGGAAUAAUAAAGGAUCCUUUUAUCAGCAGUAUGUUUAUUGAUGCUUAUUAUUUGCUGUGGGAAUAGUGAAAUAGCGGUAUUGUGCUAUUGUUUUACUAGUCCAGUUAUUCUUUGCCAAGCCUUUCAUGUUCUUAGAAAUCCAUUUCCUAGUAGAAAAACUGAAUAAAAGACCGUAUUUGAACACUGAAAAUAAAAAUUCUUGAAAAGAAAUUAUUCCGCGGUUUUGAAAUUUGUAUGUCUAUGUGUUACAUAAAACUUGAUAAAUUGUGAAAUACGGUUGAAGUGAUUUCUCGUUCUCAUUUAGGCAAUCGUAGAAUUGAUCAGAUAUAGAUAGAGCUUAUAGAUUUGUACAUUCAUGUACCUACAUCUAUGGACAUGCUACAAAGAUGCAAAAAAAGGACUUGGUUUGGUGUUAAAACUGAAUUACAGUGGCUUGCCAGGAAUAAUUUUUGCUAUGGUUGUUAUGAACUUGGGGAAGUUGUGAUUUCAAAUGAAAGUACAAUCAAAUAAAAGUAUGACUAAAUGUCACUAUCUACAUUACUGUAAUUUCUUUUUUUUUAGAGUACAACUAGUAUUGCUAAUCAUGGUUUUAUUCCUGUUGUUUGUUAAAUGGCUAUGUAACCACUAUAAAAUAGAAUACAGCUGUUUUACUUUCAAAUGGCUUUUGUAAGGAAAGGAGGUGACAUCUUCCAAAAAGCUGCCAUUGCUGCAUUGAUACCUUUUCUGUCAUUUCUGAUUGUCAGUCCUAAUUUCUAACAAGAUCAUGGGUGAUGGCGUUGUUGCAGUGUAUUUAACUGUUACUUCAUUUUUGAUCAAAAUGAUAACUCAUUUUAUAUAUAAAGAAAUAAAACUUGGCUUUAGUCCUUGCCAUGGAAAGCAUUAUGGCCUGAUGGAUUAGGUGCUAAUUCUUUCACUGAACUUCUGUUUAACUUGUGCAAGUAGCUUAAGUGUGGUUUUCAAAAUCAGUGUGGAGAUCAAAACCUUGAGGUCUUACUUUGGUUUUAGAUUGCAGACUAUUUCUGAUCUCAAAUUCCUCAUCAAUAAAAUGAGGCUAUGAUUUUUGCUGUGACUGAAAAAAGCUAAUUACUGGCUGUGUCCUAGGGAGAGAACAUUCUGCAGUUGAAGGAACCCAACACAUUUCUAUCUCCCCCUUACCGUGACUGGAAACUGCAGAAUUUGGGCCACAUCUAAGGUUAUUUUUUUGCAGACGGGCAAUUUCUUUCCAUCUAAGUGAGACAGAAGGAGCUGAUUGUGUUUUGGCUGACCCCGAUUGUCUUCUGGCAGUUCCCAGUUCGAGCUCUCAGGAGCUUUUCAGUGAAUCUUUUCUGCACUUUUCGUUUCUUACUACACAUGCUUCUGCUUAGUAAUCCUGAAGCUGUAGACAUAAUGUUUACUAUUCUGCAGUAGGAAGAUAAUUACUGGCUUUUCUCAAAUGUCGCUAGUUAACAUCAGAUUUUGGCAGUUCUCCUUGGACUGCUAGGGAAUCUGAACCCUAUAUAAUUCUCACAGCAAAGGCUCUAAGACAAAGUUUAAAUGUAGCAAAUCUUCUAAAUUAUUUCUGUAAAAUAACGUGAUUGUUUAUCACAAUCAGACAAAUGGCAUCUCUUUUCAUAGGAGGAAUUUUGAAUGAUGGAGUGGUGAGAACAGGCCAGAUUCCUGCUUGUCAGUAGGAAUGGCAGCGGUGGAGCUGAGCUCGAUGUGAACUCCUUUUUGUGCUGGAAAUAGUGCAUCAGUUCAUGCUGUCUCCCUGCCUAGGGAUCAAUAGAAUUGUGUAACCAACGCAAGUGAUUAUUUUAUUUUUAUGUGUGUGUAUAUGUAUGCAUAUAUACACUGCUAGUAAUUACAUUUUAGCUCAGUCUUCAUCUGCGUGCAAUAUGCUAAUGGAUUAAAGCUUCACCAGCUAGCCAGAAGGUUUGUUGUUUUGUCAAUGUGGUGGUGGGACUCAGCUUGAAUAAGUGAAUUAUUAGACUUUUCUUGUAAUUCAGCCACAUGGCAGAAUAAGUUUAUUCCUUGUCAUCCUGUACUGAUUGUUCUCGUAUUCUGUCCAAGGUCAUGCUUCCAUUUCAUGAAAUGCGAGUUUCUCUGCUGAAAUCAUUUGCAGUAGUAGGACCACAGAAUUCACUCCUUCAGGCAAAACUGGUGAUCCAUUAUGUUCCUGACAGAAGAUUUGGAUAGAAUUUAUUUUAAAAUUAGCCUGCACAAACCAAUUUACGCUGAUGCUGUGUAGCACCAAAGUACACAAAGGUUGUACUUCUCAGAAUUCUUUGAGGUGACAGAGUAUCUGAAAAUCUUUCAGCUGCUAAGCUUUGUAUUUCUGUCUUGUCUUCUGGGGAAGAGGAAAGAGCACCAGGUAUUGCAUGUACAAUGGUAAUACGUCUAUCCCCAAGGAAGCAGGGAUGGAGUAACAUGAAAUUAAUCCAAUAGUGCAUUUAUGUAGAUGCUCAAUGCAAAAGCCAACACAAAUCCUGGCUCUAUCUCAAUCAGAAAUGUUACGAUGCUUUUAAAAGUAUUAUAAAUAUACAUAAUAAGGAUUAUUAAUAUUUCUCACUUUUAAAGGUCUUCUCCUGUAGGUGGAAUCUUUAUUAAUGCAACCAUAGAGUGGCUGACUUUGUCUCUCAGAGGAUUGACAGUAGAGAAAGUAGAGGUUACUAUGCAAUUAUAGUCUUACAGUCAAGGCUUUUCAGACCAUUAUUCCAUUACUGAUCUUUUGCUGGCUUUCAUGUAGGACGUACUUGAUACACAUAUUUAUAAGACCUAUUCAUGGGUCAGUUCCACUGGUGAUCAUUAUGCUGAAGAAAUUAUGGAUUUACAGUAUCUAAACUUAGAAAUCUACUGGGGAGGGGAAAAGAUGUGUGAGUCAACAGAUGAAUAAGUCUUGAAAAAUCGUGAAGUUUGCAAAAAAUACUGAACAACAAAACAGGAUACAGAACUCUUUUAUCAUGUUUUUUCUUUGCUUUUCGUCUUCUACGUUUUCUUGUUAAAUAUAAAAUACUGUAAUUGAAUCACAGCAUUAGCUGGCUUUUUCCAACAAAACAGCAGAUUUAGGCUCUUUGCUGCUAGUUUCAAAAAUAAUAUAUAGAGAGAGCACGAAAGCAAAAAUUGAGCACAUAGAUGUAUAAUCCCAAAGGAAUAAACUGACUUCUACUAGACAAGCUGAAAGCUGAUUAAAAUAUUUCUCAUCCUUUGGGUAUGCAACAGCUUUUGAUGAUGGGGAGUGUAUUAAUAUUCAGUUUAGCUGCUUGUCGACACUUCAGACAGGUCCCAGGAAAGACUCUGAUGCUGACCAGAUUUUCUCACUCUGCCAGCAAUCUUUACGAGACAUAGAGCAGCACCCUUGUACCGGCAAAAACCAAGAUAAGAAUAAUGCUAUUUAGCUAUGUCUUUAUUUUAGAGAUUGCUUUUAGACAUUUUGAAAGGAUUGAAAAUGUUAAGAAAUUCUUUUAAUUAUAUAAACUCGUUUAAAUACAACAAAGGACAAAGAUAAAUCUUAAUUGUAUAAAAAUAUGGCUGCUGUAAUCUAUUCGAUAUUCAAUCCAUUUGUCCGAGUUGUUUGUAACUGUACAAAGAUUCUAGUAGUAGUAUCAGUGGCCGAGAUUUUUGGAGAGAAUGUUCCCACUGCAAUUAUUUUACAGCAGUCAGAUCUCAGGUGUUGGGGUAAUAAUGUCCUCUUAACUUCAUCUAUUCCCCUGUAAUACAAUACUUGCCUUCCAGGCCAGACCCAGAUGUAAACAGCUGGUUUAUCAGCUGGUGCUGCUGUUCUUUUGUUGGCGUGCUGACAUGUGGGGUGCUCGGUGCUCGCUUUUUCCGUUCCGCAGUGACGAGAUACGUACAGCAUCUCUGGAAAACAAGUCAUAUGCUGUGUGAGGUGCCUUUAGGAUGGCUCCAGGGCUAAAUGCUUCCUGUAACAGGUGAAAGAGCAUGGCUUAAUCAGCUUAGUUAACUCAAUUAAGCUGGGAUUUUUCUCAUGGUACAGCCUUCAUUUGUGUUUCAUUUAGCAAAUGUAUUUCCUAGUUGUGGAAUGACACAAAGUUGGAGAAAUCCUGUGGGUUUUUAUAGUGGGCUGGAUAAAGGUGAUGUUUGCUGUUUUUUCUGCAAUGUGAAGAAGUGAAUAACAGGAGUGUGUCUUUCUACUGAAGAUUUUAAUGAGACACUCUAUUGCAAUUUAUAGGCUCCUCAAACUGAGAAAGUCUACUUUUCCUUUUUUUCCUGUCUAAUCUUAACAGUUUUAAAUGUGGGAAGGGCUGUCGCUGUUCAUCCCAGCCCUGCCUUGCUUGCUUGCAGCUCUGUCACCAGAUUCUGUGACACUACCUUCUUUUGUCCUUUGGAAGAAGGUCACCUAGUGUGGUGUGAUUCUGAGGGUAUGGAUCUUCUCUCCCCUGAUCUCUGGGUCUCAGCAGAAAAUAUGAUUAUAAAUUAAAGUAAUUUGAACUGAAUUCUUCCUUGAGAUAUGUUGCUCUUUAUGUUCUUCGUAAGUUACUCCAUGUUAAAAGAUCUGAUUUUCCUCUUGGGGGAACCUUGGGGUCCUGAUCCUAGUGGAACCCUCCUGUCUGGAGGCCACAGGAGUAGAUUGAUUAGCAAGGCACAGCUGAAAACACUAAAUGCUGAGCGAGUUCUACUUCUCAUCUCAUUUGGUUCAUCUGGUACCAUUUACUUAAUUACUGAUCUGUUGAGGUGUUUGAAGGAGGAAGUUGUGGGAAAGAAAAGGCAAGCAGGAUAGCAGACAACAGGUUGAGGGUGGCAGCAGGUGCUGGGAGCUGGUGACACCAGGAGAUGGAGUGGCCAGGAGCUGUUUUGGAGGCAGAACAACAGGACCAAGGACCAUUCAAGCCUGGUCCUUUCUGAAGUUGGAAAAAAGGAACAAAUCAAGGAAAAAAGGAAGGAAGCCAUCAGCUGCUUCUUGCCAGUCCUUACUGAGCGACAAAGGCUGCGGAAAGAAUGGACAGCAAGGUUCUGAGCACUUACGGUGAUUAGAGAACAGAGCAAAUCCUCAGCCAGAAUGGGCUUUGUCCAGUUCUUUACCAGUGAUUGAAAUGAUGGGAGGAAAGUUCCAUGUGUCCCUUCUUAUUUCAUCUACAGAUGGGCUGACUGGACACACUGUUUGUAAACCAGAUGCCAGUCAGAAGCGGCAGAGAGCUUGCCAGAAGACCAGAAACCAGAAUGCCACCCCUACUGGACAGAUGAGGACUGUAACAUGCCUCUGCCAUAUGAUCUUGAAGAAGUAAUUGCUCAUCUACAGAAUAUUGUUCAGUGGGUAGAAUAGUAGGUGACCUUCCAGCCUAGAAUUAUUAAUGUUCAUCAUUUGGAGAGAAGCCUUUUAGUUUAAAAUAAAUCUUUUCAGCUUUAUGUUUCCUAGAUCAUAUGUUAUUUUAUGUGACAAUGCAGAUUUUACCCGGUCUUCACACAGUACCUUAGUUACUGCCUCAUAAUAAAAAAGACCAGGCUCCCGAUCUACAGAAAGAGGUAGCUAGACCUGAAGUCCAGAACACCAGCCUCGGUUCUUUCCUCUUCCACUCUAGUUCUCGUUGACCCUACAGCCCAUGGAUAUCCAUGUUUCCACAAGUUCCCUCGAUGUCUGAAUUCCAGCUUCUGUGAGUGCUUAGAACUGCCUCUGUCUUGGCAGACUGGAGCCACACGGGGUGUAGCUCACACUUUGACAAAGCAGAAUCCAUGAUCUGGGCAUCCUAGUGAGCGGCCAGCUGGGGCUGAGCCUGCUGGAUAUCUCCGGGAAAGAGCUGUGCACACAACAUGGUGAAUUCUUCACGCACUGAAAACAGGUACAGGAGAUGGUGGAGAAAGUCCUUUAUGCAAUAGCUCCUUGUUAGAGUUAGGACCAUCCUGACAAGACCCCAAAACUUUCAUGCCAUUUUUCAUCAUGUCAAUUGAGUAGUGCCAAAGAGAUUUCCAAUGGGAAUCCUGGUGGGCUCCCUGGAAGUCAGAAUUUCUUUCCCCUCCAUUCAUUUUUUCUGUGUGUUGUGAAUCCUAUUCUAAGGCCAGGUUUCUCCGUGCAUUGUUUAAAGAGCUGAUAGACCUAAGUAAGGGUCCCCAAUGGAUUACAUUUAGGUUGUGUGAUACUGAGCAUUGCAGCAUCCGUGUUGAUCUAGUGAUUUACGAGAACAAAACCACAAGACUAUGAGAAAUGAAGCUAUUUGUGAUCUGUUUUGUAAUAAUAUGCUAUAAAAAGAACAAUUCUGUGUUGGAUUAUACGGGGCACUCCUGAAUGAGAGAGGGAUGUGAUUUUUCAUUCUGCUAAGUUGCUAUUUUAACUCGAGCUGGUGUACACCUUUUAUAUUGUCAUGAAAGUGGAAGACAAUCAUAUUAUGGUGAAACAGCACUCAGUCUGUAUUACCACUACAAAAGAAAAAAGUAAGACUCCGAGCUUGACGUUGCCACCAAAAAAUGAAAAUGCCUCCUGUGUUAAUCUUGUGUUUAAAAUCCCUGCUGAGGCCAGGCCUACCCAGAGCACACCAGACACUGCACUGGCAAAGCGCUCUGUGUGCAGAUGAGGCUUGGACCACCAAAACUUGUACUUUUGACAGUAAAACAUACGCCAGACCUCCCUGGAGCUAAAGAAGCUGUGCCAGCAAAAAUUCAGUUUUAGUGGUGUCAAACUGUGUCCACACCUACCAGCUUUUGCCAGGACAAUUAUAUCAAGUCAAAGUUGUUCCUCUUAACACCUCUGAUGUAAGUGUGCCAGCAAAAGUAUAAAGACCUGCAUCGAGCAUUGUCAUUGUAGCUAUGGACUUCUGCUAAAACUGUUUUCCACCCUGUAGAACGCGAGGACUCUCUGAAGAAUAAAUUACUAUUUAAAGUAGGUUUGAUUAUAUUAUAACCUUGAUCCACACAUUUAUCUGUUGUCUCUUGGGCCACAGAUUUCUUGUUUUGAAAUACUAUGUUACAGGCGUAGCUUUUUCUUUCCUGCACUAGCUAAAUCUGUCUUUACCGGUGGGCAAAUAAUGUGUUUUUUGGAUUAAUGCCACACUGAAUACUGUUUACUUUGGAGAUCACUUAGAGAAAAUCUAGCUGAAGAUGUGGGAAUUCUGCUUUUGAAAAGGCAAUUCUCACAGAAACAGAUAUUACUUUGGAAACGGGCAAGAUGAAUCCAAAGAAGCUAAUGAUAUAACACUGUUAGCACAACAUUGGAGGGGUGGGUUUGUUUGUUUAUGCCGUUGCUUUAUGGUUAUUUUGUGUAUAAUUAAGCACUGCUAGAAACCAUGGGGAUCACAGUAUUGAAAUGAAUCUGACAGCCAUAAAGGAUAGGAAGGCACAUCAAUGUUGAAGUUUGUAGCUGAAGUGGAGGCAUAACUAUUAAAAAAUGAUUGGCAAAUAAUUAUUCCCAGCAGCGGUGAAGAAAUACCAACUGUUGUUUGUGGGUUUUUUUCUGUUGUAUUAGGAGACUGCUGGCGGCAAUAAUAGAAUUUUUAAAAAUACAUGAUUCUAGGCCUUCUCAAUGCUGAAGAUUUAAGUUAGUGAACUGGCUGAACUAGUACUUGACUCAGUGCAGUCAGCACAGCCACAGAUGGCAAUGACAUAGAGAAAUGAGCACCUUUGGAAUGGAUAAGACCUAAGAUUCACUGGCAAAAUACCAAUAAUCAAGUGGUUAAAGAGGAUUAAUGCUCUGUGUUGCAUUCCAGUCUCACAUCAUCUAAAUCAGUAUAACUUGAUUGUGUUCAGUUGAAAAACAGGAGUAUAAGAAGGUUUCAUCUCUCCAAAGCCCACAGGGAUUGAUAGCAAAGACAUGAGUAAGGUUGAUGGAACUGCUUGAAGCAUGUAGCAAUGCCAAAAGGUACCCUGAGAGGAGAACACAGUUAAAGGGAAAUAUCUGAUAAAAAUCUGAGAGAUCAAGUGUAAAUUAUUACUGUGUUUGGAUUAUGUACUAGAAGCAGACAAAUAUGUUGAAGUUUUCUUUAUUUUAUUCAAGUAGUUAUAAUUUAGCUUAUGUUGCAAUGAUACUUUAGCAAUCCAUUUAUAUUUCAGCAUUAGACAACCCAUUUCCAUUUUGGAUGAGCUGAGAAACAGCCUCUAAUGGAUGUUGUGUGCAUAGCAACUGUGUGCCAAGGCUGGAUGCUCUAGAGGCAGGAGGACCAAGGUCAGUUUUUUUCAGGGGAGAGGUAAGAGCACAAAUGAGCUUCUAACAUUAGAUUCAGUGAUUCUUUUUAAAUGGUGAAGUUCACGACUUUGCUUACAUUUAGUUUUCAUCAGCCAUGAAAGAAUUAAGGUAAAAUAGUUCACUUGCAUGUGUGUGUCAGGCUAAAUGGAUUACAGAAGAUACAGAUCUGUUUGCCUGUCUGCACUUGCCUUUAGACAAUAUUCAUCAAUUUUACAAAAGCUACUGACUAAACAUGGAACCAAUACAAAUGAAAUGCUUGAGGCAAGGGCUUUCUUUAAAAAAAUCUGAUGCAGAGGUGGUUUUACACUGAUAGAAAGAAAAUGUUGGCAGAAAAUUAAAAACUUUUGUUUCUGUAAUUUGGGGGAUGAAAGGUAAAGGCCGUUUUUAAGAAUUCAAUAGAAAACUGCUGCAUUAUGCCAUGUAAUUAGUAGUGUUUUUAUAAUGCUUUAUUAAUAUCUUUGUAUGUAAAAAUAUUUUAUCCUGUAGGUUCUUUCUUCUUGUUAAAAGGUUACGUAAAUAUUAAUCCCGAUACAGUAGAUUUUAAAGGCAUCAUGCUUAUGCUCAGAGUUUUACAGCAGAUUCUGAUUAUCGGAAGUGUAAAUAAGAAUGCCAUGAGUAAUCACCAACUGGAAACUGUCCAGGAUGGGCAACAUGCAACAUGAUAAACACCCAAAUAAAUUGUCUUAUUGUCAUCCUGAUAUAGCUUUAGCGUCACAGGUAAUGAUGCAAGAUGCACUUUAAAAUCAUGCUGGACUUCUUAAUGCUGUGGAUAGAUUCAGGCCUUUCAGUGCCAUAACAACAGGAAAAAAAAUGAAAAGAAUACCAAAAUCCAUCACUAAAAUAUUGUGGUGUGUUAACAGUUAGCAUUGCGCCUUUCCCCUCCCUUAUUUUGGUGAAGUUCCAUGGGUCUUGUGUCAUGCAGUGGAAUUUGGGCAAAUGGAACAGAGAUUGAAGUAGCCCGGGAGCUGAUCUCUGAGCUGAGAUGAGAGGAGGGUAAGAGAGAUGAUAUGCCCAUGAGAUGCAAGGGAUGUGCUUUCUCAAGGCCACAACUUUAUUAGCUUAACUCAUAUGGGAGUCAUUGAGCAGCAACUUGUACAAUGUGAGUCAGGAUCUUUCCCUUAACUGUUACCACCUGCUGCAAAGUUAAUGUUGGCUCCUUAACCCCUGCCUGCCCCUGACAGCUGGUCCUCAGCUUUUUGCUAGGAACUGACCACUGUCCCACUGUCUUCUUGCACAAAGGUUAUAGAGUUGGGAAGAGAGUGGUGGUUCCACUGUAGCAACAGGCAUGAGAAAGCCCGAUCCCCAGCUUCAGCCUCCACCUCUGUCCUCCUACACUUCCAUGGGCUGAGAACCUCCCCAUAACAUCUGUUUCCCAUUUGAGGUUCAUGUUGCUGCAGCCCAUCUUCUGAACUGCCCCACCAGGAUGCUGACCUGCUCUGGGGAAGGGUUGGACAAACAAACAGAACGCUGUUCACAGUGAGGUCCCUCAUCUGAAAAAAGACAACCCAGUGGAGGGAAAGCUCAGCCCUGCACAGAGGACUCCCAACCUGCAUGGUUCGGGCUGUCACCUCACCCCACCUGUGAGGGCAGAGGCAAUCCUGAAUAAAACCACUGUUCUCUUUCGAGUCCAAGCUGAGACUCAUCACUUUCGAUGUGGCUGGGCUUGCAUCUUAAUUUACAUUUAGCUGUCCUCUUCACCUUAGCCUGGGGUUAUUCAUCGAACAAGAGAAGAUAAUUUACACAAUUGCAACUGUACUAAGUACAGCUGCAGAACUGGCUGAAUAACAUGUCAAAAGCCAACAAAUAACUGAUAAAAUUAUCACAUUAAAAUGCUGAUGUUUGCAUGUGAGCACUUCACACAUGACGUGAAGACUAUGUUUUAUCUUCUUGUUGCUUUGGAGAUAGCAUUCAUAAUUCACAUGAUAGAAAAGGGUGUACUGUGCUAUGGUUUACAUCCUCUAAUACUCCACUGGUUUUACAGUGCUUGUCCAUGAUGAAUCAGAAUUUUGUCAUGAAACUUGUUCUCCUCCCCCUGCAUAUUGUCAAAUACUUGUUUUCAUGCCAACACAUCUUGGUCUGAUUAGUCCCCUUGAUUAGAGGCUAAAGUAAAAAGUCAGGUGUAUAGGAUUCCCAUUAUCCUUUAUUUCACUGCUUCUAAGAACAGGUCAGAUAGAGUUAUUUCAGUGAAAAUGUGAACAAUCAACUUCUGUUUACCAUUAACCUUAAGUUUUCUUUUCUUAAAAUCAAAGCAGGGCUUGGUAGGCAGUUAUUUUCAUACAUGUCCCUUGAUCAGUGGAACAAUCUGUCAAAAGCCAUUAAAGCCUCUAUUAGGUUGAAUUGCAUUCAAAGCUAAACUAUCCAAUCAUUUAAAGGGCUGUGAUGAUUGUUUUUAAUAUAGUAUACAUUGAUUUUUCUUUCUGAGUAGUAAAAUAACUUUGAGACUAAGCAUGUAUGACUGGGGCUUUUUGCUAUCCAGCAUGUCCUGAGAAGCUUGAUUUCUUGUGGAAGAUGAAUGUCUACAUAAAAAAGGAAAAAACAAAUGCAGUGAAAUCACCUGUAUAUUCUCAUACUAUUUUUCUCUAUUUUUCCCUGCUUUGUUGUAUCCAUCAGGGUAUAACAUAUAUGGAAUGGGAAGACAUUUUCCAAGGUCCUUUGUUUGAAAGCUUCACUGAAAAAUUUAACAUCUAAUUGCAGUGAUAUUUUAAAGUGUUUUUUUAUCUUAAGAUCUCAGGAUGCUUUACACAGAGAAACUGAGGCAGAGGUCAAAAGUACAGCUGCGUUCUGACUGCAAAUGCUGGAACUGAGCAUCCGUAACCCUCCAUCCCUGCUGUGUCUCAAUUACUUCCAGUUAAUCAGCUCAGUUUACAGAUUAAAGAUGCUCUUGUAGAACUUUUUUUUCUCCAAAGUUAUAGCUGAAAAUGAAUCUGGAAUCUGUCCCACUCAUGUUGUAUUUAACAUAUUAUUUAAUUGCGUAAUGUAUAAUAAUACAUCUCAUGUAACAGAGAUCUUUCAGACCUCCUAAUGUUUGAUUAAACUUUCUAGUGAAUCUCUUAGUUACGUUCUAAGUCCCUGAGCUCUGAGUGGGAACAGUGCAUUUUAUUGGGACUAAUAAAUUAUUCCAUGGAGAAUAUACGGAUUUGCAGUAUAUAAUGUAAUAACCCACGCUCUUCUAGCUCUGUUUUAAGUACAUCCAGUGCCCCCGCUAUGUGGUGGUAUAACUGCUGUGCUAGGAAACUCUUAACAAAAUACCCAGUGGGUGUUUGGGUGCUUUUUAUCAAGGUGAGGAUGCAUUGCUGGAACAAACUGGAAUGCUGGUUAUGCACCUGUUAGCACUUUUGUCUGGUACCUAUUUGGUAGUCUGGUAGUACUUUACUGAGAGCACUACUUUUGUAGUUAUUUUGAUGAGCAUCCUAAUAAUUUAUUACCUAAACGUUAUCAAAGCAUUCCACAGUCCUUUCAUUGCUGUUUUUUCUCUUCCAUCUGAUGAUGCUCUUUCUUUCCCUUACGUCUCAAGAUUAACAGUAAUGUUAAUGUUGUGUUCUUUAUUAGACUGAGAUGACUUUAAAGUGAGAGAACUUAAAACCAGCAUUCUCUCACGUACAUAGAUUUUUGAAACUAAUUUAUUAGGAUAUUUUUGCUCCUUGCUCAUUUGGUACUGUUGUAUUUGUGUUUUAUUAAGGACUGUUUAUAUAACACUGCAAGAUAUACAGUGAUAUUUAAGUUUGUGUUAUGUAUUUGCUAAUUUACUGGCAUUUAUAAAAUAAAACACUUAAUCUGUUUGUCUA